AUUAUCUAAAUACAACACCUUGCACCCAAGGUACUUGGCGCUCCUGAAAGCCGAAAAUGUCACCAAACACGAGAGCUGACAUAGCAGGCCGUCGUGUGCCGCAUAUGUUUUCAAACCUAUCUCUUUGUGCCCAGAUAUGAUGACGAUGUCUGGGAUGGCUCUGACUCCUGAGAGGUCAUGGGCUUUGCCGAGGACCCUGCCUUCAGCGACGCUCUGGCUGCCGAUUGCUCUAAUUGCGGCCAGCAUAUUGCCGGGUGUCGCCGGGCAGAACGCCAUCACAGUACGCUCCGCUGACGAACUUUACAAUGCUCUCCACGGCACGUCCGCUUCCCAGGUUUACCUGGACAGCACCAUCACCAUCAACAACGUGACAUGGCCACAUACUGUCAAUCUUACACGUUCAGUUCGGUUGGAGCGCAGCCCAAACUUAGCACGGGACAAUCAGUACGCCACACUUGACUUUAAUGGCGUGGUGAUGGCCAUCAGUAUGGCAAGCGGAGUCACUCUGAACUUCGUUGGACUAGAGCUCCUAGGAGCCUACGGCUUGAUUGGACCGCAAUUUCGUUUCCUACGCCAAAGCGACGGGGCCAUCUUCAUGCUGAACAACACGGUCCACCGCCGCCGCGCGGGACUGCCGAUGUCUGCUGCCAUCAUCAACCACGGCAACUUCGCGAGGCCGCCGGACGUGCCAGGCGUCAACACCUACCACCUCCUGUACAACUGGACGUACUGGAGCACCGGGCGCGGCCGCAAGGUGGACGCGGAGUCGGUGAUGCAGGACGACUACGUCACCAUCGCCACACCCGACACGACGAGCGCCUUCCAGGGGUACUUGUUCGGCGGCUUCCGCUACACCAGCUAUUCGUCCGUUUACGCGGUGGACAGCGUGGUGGACGCGCAGUGCCUCAAGGAGCGGACGGCGACGGACUGCGUGGCGAUAAAGCUCAAAGAGCUGGACCAGCAAGCCGCGGCGGCGGCGGCGGCGGCCCAGAGCACGCCCGCUGACAGCUCCAACACAACGACCAUCAUCAUAGCGGUUGUCGUCCCCGUGGCGUCGGUUUUGCUCAUUGCCGCUGUCAUGGGAGUUGUGAUUCUGCGGCGCCGAGACCGCUUCGGCGGCCUGCCGGCCGCCAAGUAUGAUGCGGAGGCGCCCGCGCCCGGCGGCGGCGUCUCAAGGAAGAAGCCUGCCGCUGCCGGGGGCUCGGGAGUGGAGGUUCCUAGCGGCGCUGACACGGACGACACGGGGAUGGUGUUCCUUGGGCUGGAGCCAGGACAGAAGCUGCCGGAGUGGCGUGACGUGGACGUGGGGGACCCGGUUGCCGCCUCGGCCAAGGCCUCGCCCAAGCACAGCGGCGGCAUUAAAGACAAGAGCUUUAAGGGCUCCAAGGGCUCUGGUGGCGACAGGAUGUCCAAGAAGAACGGCAGCUCUGGCCUCAAUGGCACCAGCGCCGACGGGGACGCCAGCGGCCACCGGCAGCAAGACAGCCCUGCCUGCCGUGGCCCCCGUGCGGCCACCGCCUCGCCGCACGCGCCGUGCUCUCCGCAGCACCCGCACACGGGGCCGCUCGGCAUCGCCGCCGCUACCGCCGCGGCAGCUGCGACGCUGACGCCCACAAAUGGCAACUCCAGCAUCGGGCCAUACUCCAUCGCGCCCAACAUCAUGCGGGCUGAGGGCGCAAUAGGCGCCGCGGGCGGCACAGCUGCCGGUGGUCUUGCCACCCCCGGCGGCGGCUUGAACCCCAACGGCUCUGCCGUCAGCCGCGAGCGCAAGGACAGCAGCAAACCGCUGAGCCAGGUGUCCACGGUGUCGGGGCCGGACGUGCAGGGGGAGCUGGGCGUAAUGGCUCGCGAGCUGCGUGCCACGGUAAAGGACAUCGCGGUGCGGCUGGACGACGUCAUCGGCAGCGGCACCUUUGGCGUGGUGUUCAGGGGCACGUGGCAGGGCCUGCCUGUGGCCAUCAAGACGGUGGUGUUCAGCGCGAGCACGGAGCACCGCAAGCGGGCGCUGCACGAGGCGGCGCUGGCGAGCUCCAUCGUGCACCCCAACAUCAUCGCCACCUUCUGCACCGAGCUGCAGCCGCUGGGUGGGCAGCUUGGCAUGAUCGGGCGCACCAGUGGCGGCGACAGCGGGCAGCAGCAGGGCGGCGUCCUGCACCUGCACACCGACGGCAGCGGCCCCGGCGGCGACGGCGAGGACAGCAGCCCGAACAUGUCGGCGCACCAGGACUGGCGGCUGUACAUCAUUCAGGAGUAUGCGGAUGGCGGGCCGCUCAGUGGGCUGUACGGCAACCCGGCCAUCUGGCAGGCGCCCGGGCACGUGCACUUGCCGUCCGUGGUGGCCUUGGCGGCGGGCGUUGCACGGGCGCUCACCCACUUGCACUCCAAGCGCAUCGUGCACGGAGACCUCAACCCGAAUAACGUGCUCUUGAAGAAGGAUGUAAACGAGCCGUCUGGGUACGCAGCGAAGGUCGGCGACUUCGGUCUGAGUGUCAUGCUGCCUCAGCAUCAGAGCCACCUGUCGAACAUACGGAUGGGCACAAUGUUCUACAUCUGCCCAGCGGUCGUCCUGAAGGCGCAAGUGGGCCCGCCGUCAGACAUCUUCUCGCUUGGAGUACUGCUCUGGGAACUGUACAACGGCCGCCUGGCGGGCACGCAGACGCCCGAGGGACCUCGCUAUGCGCCCACGUUCCCCGCCUUCCCCACCACCUGCCCCGCCGCCUACCGCGAUGUAGCCAUGGGCUGCCUUCAGAAGCACCCGGCCAACCGACCGGUCGCGGCGCAGGUGGAGGAAGCGCUGGCGAAGCUGCUUCACCGCCUGUGUGCCGGGGCAACGCGGCCGGCGGGUUCCAGAUGACAGCGGCUACGUAGCCGGCUGCGGUGUGGCGCAGCCUGAGGCAGCCGACUGUGUAGAAAGAUAGAGGAGCAUGGCGUUGUCCAAGGGUGAAGGCGGGCACGGGUUCGGGGCAGAGGCCGCUGCACUAGCGGUCUGCUGCAAAAUGGGGGACCUGGGCUUAUACACGCUGAAGCAUUUGCAGAGGCUAGCCCGCGCUUGGACGUGUGGCGGGCUCUAGCGCUUCAGAAAACAAGGCGAACUCACAUGGCCGCACGCGUGCAUGGAAGCAGGGGCGGCUACUGUUCUCCGUGUCUGGCAGGGUUUGUAUUGCGUACAGUAUUUCGCAAGCGGGGGGUAUUUCGCAGUACUUGAGCGAGCAAGACGAGCACAGCGUGGCGGUGUGCGUGUACAUCUUCCAGUGCUGUUUGCAUGAGCUCGACGUAAAAUUCGGUGCAUACAACUCCUUUCAUGUGCACUUGCGUUUGAAGGCAUCAAGAACUUUAUAGCGCAGCAGGUGCUGGCACCGGCAUGCUGUGGCUCAGCUGGUGAGUCAUGGCGGUGUGUGGCCGCGAGCCGUUCGGUGAUUGCGCGGCCAGUGUGCGGGCUGCAUGCAGCCGCAGCAGGCUGUGCCUCCUGGUUCUGACCCAGUGCCCACUAUUCAUUUUGGGGGCAUUGCCAGAGGGCUUGGGCGCCUGUAUGCGCACGAGGGCCUGCGCCAGGCACAGCGCUUGGGUCUAGAUGUCCGUCGGUCCGUUGCGUGGCCAGGGCGUUGCAUGGCAGAGCGGGGGGCAAGGGAAGAUUAGUUUGGACAUCUCGUGGGAUUCACGUGUGAGAGCAUGUGCAUGUUCGUAAUAUGGGUAGGCUUCAUGCGCUUGGAUUGGAGGUGUACGACCGGAUAUGGUCGGGGCUGUACUAUGCACGGCUGUGGGCGUUUGAGGCAUCCCUCUGGCCGUGUAUAGUUGUUAGUGUCAGAAUUAUAAGCUGGUAUCUGUUUGCAGAGAACGAACCUGGGACGUGGAUGUUGGUGCUCGAAAUGCGCAACGAGGACAAGCGAGGCAGGGCUAGCAUGUAUGAACACCAAUUAGACCCCAACGGUUCGCACCACCACCAACUCGAGGGCAAGAUAUGCGGUUGUGUAUCAAUCCCCAAAAGUAGGGAAACAGUGUACAUGUCCGCGCGUGUACGUGUGUGCGCGUGUACGUGUGUGUUAGGGCGCACAAGGAGGGAAACACGCAGGACACGGUUUGAUGCGGAUGCGUGCGUGUGUGAAUGUUAGUGUGUGGGUGCGCGUGUGCGUGCGGCGGCAAUUGGUAUGUUUCAUCGGAACAAGGUGCAUCGAGAAGACCCAUAACUCGUGCCUGCAACAUGUGCGGCACGUACUGUCAAGCGUGGGGCCGGGGACAUCAUAAGCUGUGCACAAAGACGGCCACGGCGGUCAGAUGCCAUUUGAUGUGGCACUAAGGAGUAAGUCAUAUGUUCACGCAAUUGCAAACCGGUGUCCUCGAGCGGUCCGCUUGCAACCAGGGAUCUUAAACGGUGUGCAAGAAUGUCUAUGGCUCUGUCAAGUACAGACAGGGGUUCUGAGAACAAACGCC